AUGAGGACCUCCCACAUGAGGACCUGCCACAUGAGGACCUCCCACAUGAGGACCUGCCACAUUAGGACCUCCCACAUGAGGACCUCCCACAUGAGUAACCACCGUGCCGCCCUGAGGACCUGCCACAUGAGGACAUGCCACAUGAGGACCUCCCACAUGAGGACCUCCCACAUGAGGGCCUGCCACAUGAGGACCUGCCACAUUAGGACCUCCCACAUGAGGACCUGCCACAUGAGGACAUGCCACAUGAGGACCUGCCACAUUAGGACCUCCCACAUGAGGACCUGCCACAUGAGGACAUGCCACAUGAGGACCUGCCACAUUAGGACCUCCCACAUGAGGACCUGCCACAUGAGGACAUGCCACAUGAGGACCUGCCACAUUAGGACCUCCCACAUGAGGACCUCACCAUCGCAGUCACCAAGACCAUGA